AGGAUAACGUCGGCGUACAUACGGGGGGCUCACUCGAACGGCCGGAAAUAAAAUAUUAAAUGGAGCGGAUGACGAGAAGCAACAUCAAUGUUGUUCCGUGUCCGGAAAUCAAGUAUCGAGCAGCCUCGAUCGUCCUUCUGCCCGUCACUAGCGGUGAUCGCCGAUGUAAUGCGGCUGUCGGAAAAUAUAGCGGGAGUGACGAUAUUGGCAUUCGGAAAUGGGGCUCCUGACAUCUUCACGUCCAUCGUAUCGGGCAGCGACGAAGGGAUAAUAAUGUUCACGGAAUUAAUCGGUGCCGGUGUCUUCGUGACGGCGAUCAUCGCUGGCUCUGUUGCAGUGGUCAAGCCUUUUCGAGUCAACCUAAAGCCUCUCAUGAGGGACGCCUGCUUCUACAUAAUCUCGGUCUGCUGGAUCAGCUACGUCGUGCGAGACGAGACUAUUCACCUUUGGGAAGCUUGUAGUUUCAUUCUCUGCUACGUGUUGUUCAUCGCAGUGGUGGUAGCAAUGCAGGUGUACGACAACAGGGAGGCGAGCCUCAAAAGCAGGAUCCCAAGUGUACCAGAUCCAGACGUCCUGCGCGCUUACUUGGCGAACAAGGAUACAGCGACCAUUCCUAAGAUUCCCAUGAGAAAACGUGCUUAUGGCCUGAGAACCAAGCUGGAUGUCGCGAUUGCCACGGAGUUGAAAAGGGAGAAAGGGCGCACGAAUGUGAGAAUAGCGGAAUCGGAAGAAGAAGAAAACGUUGAUAGACCGGAAGGUCUCUUCAGAGAAUUCCUGUACGAUAUUAAUCCGAUAGGCAGAGAGGAUUGGGUGAAUGCAAACCGGAUCUUUAAAUUUAUUUUAAUUAUCCGUGCACCUGUCAUGUUCUUACUUCAGUUAUUUAUCCCACUUGUGAACCCGACUGCCGCAAAGAAAGGCUGGUCCAAGCUGCUAAAUUGCUUCCAGCUGUGUGUGACACCGACGUUGGCAUUGUUUCUAUUAAACGCCUGGUCCGGACACAUUGGCCCUGUUCCAGUACUGCCGAUAUUCCUCGUUCUUGGCACUGCAUUUGGUGUAACUGUGUUUCUAAUAACCCACGUGGAUCGCAUACCGAAGUACCAUAAUGUUUUUGCAUUUACGGGAUUUCUGGCCGCCAUGCUGACGGUCUAUUUGGUAGCCGGGGAGGUGAUGGCAGUUCUCCAAUGCGUAGGAUACGCUUUCAGUAUAUCAGAUGCCAUGCUCGGUAUCACGUUCCUUGCGUGGGGCAACAGCGUGGGCGAUAUGAUAUCAAAUAUUGCCAUAGCCAGGCAGGGAUUUCCACGAAUGGGAUAUGCAGCCUGUUUUGGCGGGCCGAUGUUCAAUACACUGUUGGGAUUAGGACUAACUUACGGAAUAGCUGCCAGUCAACACCCGAAUCACCGUACGAAGAUGAGAAUGAGCGACAUGGCACCUGGCUGUUUCGCUUUCCUGUUGUGCUCGUUAUUAGCUUCUAUUAUUUAUUUAAACAUUACGGGUGCCGUGGCUCGAAAGUCGUAUGGAUAUUUGUUGUACUCUUUAUACUUUGUGUUUAUUCUGAUUCAGUUUUUGAGCGAAUUCCGAAUAAUUCACCCUCUUGGCACUGACCAUCGACCAGAGGAUAAUAUUGAUUAGAGUUUUUAACGAAUGACAGCGUAAGAUCAUAU